AUGUUUCCUUCCAAGACUCUCCUUUCUGUUAUCCUUAUUGCGCUGUCCGCUGUAGACGCAUCCCCCGUGCGCCGUCAAGCUGCGCCAACUACCCUCAGCUUCACCACUAGGGUGAACGUUAGGGCUAAUACUCUCAGCAUCGUCGCUGCCGAUAGGGCUCGCGCUCAGGCGAUGGUGCAUUCUAAUAACACGAGCAAGCGUGCUGGCAGCUCCUCGUUCAGCAUAUCUAAUGCUAUCACUACUUAUACUGCCCAAGUCGGUGUCGGCAGCCCUGCAACUCAGUAUACGCUCCUCAUUGAUACGGGCAGCUCCAAUACCUGGGUGGGUGCAAGCACCCCAUACAAACACACCAGUACCAGUGUGGAUACUGGUAACUCUGUCUCUGUCUACUAUGGUUCCGGCAGUUUUUCAGGAGAGGAAUACACGGACACAGUUACUCUCGUCGCAAGCCAGGUACAAGGCUUUAACAACAUUGAUGGAAUUCUUGGUGUCGGACCGACUGACCUGACGGAGGGCACCGUUUCCAACGUUGGUUCAGUCCCCACGGUCACCGACAACCUCUACAGCAAAGGCACCAUUGGCACCGAGGCACUUGGAGUCUACUUUGUUCCAGGUGGCGGUGCCGGCGAGCUCACCUUUGGUGGCUCCGACAGCUCAAAGAUGACGAGCUCAGUGAAUUACGUCCCUCUCACAACCACAUCACCUGCCAGCAAUUACUGGGGCAUCGAUCAAUCGAUCACCUACGGUAACACCACCAUUUUGUCCGCGACUGCUGGUAUUGUUGACACUGGCACCACCCUCAUUCUCAUCGCUACUGAUGCAUUCCGAAAGUACCAAACUGCUACUGGUGCUGUUUUGGAUAACACCACUGGUCUCUUAAUGAUCACCUCUGCGCAGUAUUCUAACCUGCAAACCUUAAACUUCAACAUUGAUGGUACUAACUACGGCCUCACCCCCAACGGCCAAAUCUGGCCCCGUUCCCGUAACACUGACAUCGGUGGUAACAGCAAUAGCAUCUACCUUAUUGUUAAUGAUAUUGGCUCCAGCUCUGGCAGUGGUCUCGACUUCAUCAACGGUUACUCAUUCCUUCAACGCUUCUACUCUGUUUUCGACACCACUGAACACCGAGUCGGCCUUGCAACUACUUCAUCUACUACUGCAACUUCCAACUAGAACAAUAGUGUAUUUAUCUGAUGCUCAUACACAUAGUGCGAAUAUUUAUAUCAGAGGAGGUGUAUUUACGGGAGUCGGUAGAGGUAUUGGUUAUUAGGGUAUUUUGUGUAUACGGGUCUGUUUAGAAUACGCAUGCCAUUCAUUGAGAUUAAUAUCCCACAAUCAUUACUUCCUCAUGUUUACAAGGUUGCUGAUAUACCAAUUGUGUUUGAACAAACAGCGAUGUGU